AUCAUCAAUCGAGAAUUGCUGGUAUAGUCCUAGUAAAAAUUCAAAGAAGGGGAGGAUGAAAGCACGCCAUUAGGUACUUAUCUCCGAUUAAGGGACUGUUCCGAUGUUGAACUUAUAGGACAUGGUCUCCCGGAAGUAAUAUGGGUUACAUGGGGGUUUGAGUGGGAUCUUUAUAAGAACCACGAGAUCUCGAGUCUAUCCAAGAAACACGCACCUUCACUAGAACCUGAGAUAAAUUUCUUGAAAUCGUUUUCCAUAUGCCACCAGAUAAAGAUUCAACGGCAGAAGUCGUUGAGGAGGCACCGUCCUCCGGGGAGGAAGAUAUUGCAGGUAACCGGCCGAAGUACUUGUGGUACCGAGGAGUCUUUUUCAACGCAACCAUUGUUGGGAUAUCCGCCUUUGCGGCGCCAGGAUUAUGGAACGCGAUGAACUCGGUCGGUGCUGGUGGCCAGCAGACUCCUUAUCUGGUCAUGGCAGGAAACGCUAUCCUAUUCGCCAUCAUGACACUCACCUGCCUCACCGGAAGUAUGAUGGCUAACAGAUUCGGCUUGCGGAAUUCUCUGGUCGUGGGCACGGUGGGUUACGUCAUCUAUUCAGCAGCCUUAUACACCAACAAUCGUUAUGGCACCGAGUGGUUCAUAUAUCUGGGUUCGGCAGCUUGCGGUCUAUCGGCAGGCAUCUUUUGGGCGACGGAGGGCGCAAUUAUGCUGAGCUAUCCCGAGCCCGAAAAGCGCGGGAGAUACUUGGCUUAUUGGCUAAGCUAUCGGAACAGUGGUUCGAUCCUCGGUGGUAUCAUUAACCUCGCUUUCAACUACCGAGGCCAGAGCACGGGAAAACUGGACUGGAGGACGUACAUCGUCUUUGUUGUCCUUCAGUGCCUAGGACCGGCAUGUUCAUUCCUGUUGACUCCACCGGAAAAGGUCGUACGAAGAAACGGAUCGCGUGUUCAGUUAUCCGAGCGGAUACCGGACAUUGAGGAGCUAAAAGCGUCAAUAGGUGUUCUACUACGAAAGGACUUCCUCCUCGUUCUACCUUACUUCAUAUACGUUGCGUGGGAACUCCCAUAUAACAGCGCUUAUUUAUCUCUGUACUUUUCGGUCCGUUCUCGAGCCCUGGCUUCUCUGGUUUCCGCAGUCGCCCAGGUUAUAACGACCCUCUUAUUCGGCUCCUUUCUUGACUGGACCAAAAUAAGCCUCGAAAAGCGAGCUAAAUACGGCUUUAUCUUCAUGAUGUCUCUUAUUGGAGGCUGCUGGAUCUGGGGCGCAAUCGUGCAGAAUGAGUACACCCAUCAUAAACCAGCACUCGACUGGGAUGAUGACGGGUUUGGAAGGGGCUGGGCAUUAUAUGUCUUCUGGCAGAUUAAUUUCUCCCUCGCGUACAACUUCGGCUUUUGGCUCAUAAGUUUCCUCGCGAGAGAGCCUAAAGAAAUCGUGAGAUAUAUGUCGGUUGCUCGGGCUGCGGAAGCAGCCGGUCAGUGCAUUUCGAGCGGCAUCAGCUCGACAACAGCACCUUUGAUAUCUGCCCUAGGCGUUAACUUUGCAUUAUGGGGCAUUGCUCUGAUUCCUACCUACCUUGUAGUUCGUCAAAUUGGAGUAAUCCACUUCGGCCCCGAAAAGUUGGCAUCGAAUACCAGAGAAGAUGACAUUGAUAAAUCAUAAAAGAGUUAGGCGAAUGUAUAUCAGGGCUUAGAUGUGCUGUAACUGAUCACUCCACCAACAAUUCGGGCGGGCCUUGGGUACGGGGGUACCUAUAAUGAGGGGUCAAUAUACCGUGAAGCGUUUAAUUGCUUCCUUGACUGGACUCUAGAUUU